AUGGCUUCUCGCACCCUUCCCCGUGCCCUCCGCCUGGCCCGCGUGGCCGCUCCUCGCUCCGUCGUCGCCGCUGCCCUGCCUCGCCCGGCCCUGGCCAGCGCCGCCGCUGUCCCCCGCGUGGCCAUGGUGACCCCCGCCCGUGGCAUCAAGACCAUUGACUUUGCCGGCACCAAGGAGACCGUCUACGAGCGCGAGGACUGGCCCCGUGAGAAGCUGCAGGAGUUCUUCAAGAACGACACCCUCGCCCUCAUCGGCUACGGCUCCCAGGGCCACGGCCAGGGUCUCAACCUGCGGGACCAGGGCCUCAACGUCAUCGUCGGUGUCCGCAAGGAUGGUGCCUCGUGGAAGGAGGCCAUCCAGGACGGCUGGGUCCCCGGCAAGAACCUGUUCGACGUCAGCACCGCCAUCGAGAAGGGUACCAUCGUCAUGAACCUGCUCUCCGACGCCGCCCAGAGCGAGACCUGGCCCCAGGUCAAGCCCCUGUUGACCAAGGGCAAGACCCUCUACUUCUCCCACGGCUUCUCCCCCGUCUUCAAGGACCUGACCAAGGUCGACGUCCCCAAGGACAUCGAUGUCAUCCUCGUCGCCCCCAAGGGCUCCGGCCGCACCGUCCGCACCCUCUUCCGUGAGGGCCGUGGUAUCAACUCCUCCAUCGCCGUCUUCCAGGACGUCACCGGCAACGCCAAGGAGAAGGCCAUCGCCAUGGGUGUCGCCGUCGGCUCCGGCUACCUCUACGAGACCACCUUCGAGAAGGAGGUCUACUCCGACCUCUACGGUGAGCGUGGCUGCCUCAUGGGCGGUAUCCACGGCAUGUUCCUCGCCCAGUACGAGGUCCUCCGCGAGCGCGGCCACAGCCCCUCCGAGGCCUUCAACGAGACCGUCGAGGAGGCCACCCAGUCUCUCUACCCCCUCAUCGGUGGCAACGGCAUGGACUGGAUGUACGCCGCCUGCUCCACCACCGCCCGCCGUGGCGCCAUCGACUGGUCCAGCCGCUUCAAGGACAACCUGAAGCCCCUCUUCAACGAGCUCUACGACUCCGUCCGUGACGGCUCCGAGACCAAGCGCUCCCUCGAGUACAACUCCCAGAAGGACUACCGUGAGAAGUACGAGAAGGAGAUGGAGGAGAUCCGUGAGCUCGAGAUCUGGCGCGCCGGCAAGGCCGUCCGCUCUCUCCGCCCGGAGAACCAGAAGUAA